AUGGAUGUCCCCGGCAUCGCAUUGAUCACUGGCGCCGCAUCAGGCAUCGGACGAGCCUGCGCAAAAGCUUUUGCCAAAGAAGGCGUAUCCGGACUAGCUCUGGUUGAUCUGACUGAAGAAGCUUUGACAGCCGUCAAAUCUGAGAUUGAAGAGUUACAACGUACUCUCGGCCAAACCAACCCCUGCCGAGUCGAGAUCUACCCAACCAACGUCGCAGACGAAACACGCGUGAACGAAGUCAUCGAAACGGUCUCGCGGACAUUCGGUCGCCUUGACUAUGUCGUCAAUGCAGCGGGCAUCGCAAUGAAACACCAAGGUGGUGCAGCCUUUGCCGAAACCGCAGAUUGGAAUCGAAUUCUAGACGUCAAUCUCACGGGGACAUUCUUCGUUCUCCGUGCUGCGGCAAAGAUUAUGUUGAAGCAAGAACCUAUCAAGUCCAGUAUCGACGGUCGCUCCUUGCAGCGUGGGUCUAUCGUGAAUUUCUCCUCGAUUCAGGGUGUCGUGGGUAUUCCCUUGUCGACGGCGUAUACUGUGACCAAACACGCCGUGAUCGGGUUGACGAGAACGGCUUCGGAGGACUAUGCAAAGGAGGGAUUGAGAAUUAAUGCCAUUUGCCCUGGAUAUACGGAGACACCACUCACGACCAAGUCGCCUGCUAUCUUGCAGGCCAUGGUGGAGCGUGUUGCGACCGCAGUGCCGAUGGAGCGAAUGGGACGACCGGAGGAGAUUGCAGAUGGAGUUUUGUAUCUCGCAGGAGGUCGGAGUUCUUUUGUAACGGGAACUGCAUUGAUGGUUGAUGGUGGAUACACGCAGCGAUAA